CCAAGCACUGCGCUGCCAUUCGCAACGUUUGUUCGAAUUUCGUGGUUCGUAAUUCGGUAGAACGCACUUCGUCUGGAACGCACAUCGAGAAAGUUUUGUGGAUACUACAUAUUUAUAUACCAGUUCCUCUAUUGCUUUGUACUGGAAUGCUUGCCGCUUUGGCGGUUGAUUACACAAUGGAUCAUCCCCAUGGGCGGCAUUUCACCUGUAAGCGCAGAGACCCGAGGCCUCCGACAUCGAGGAGUAUACUUUUCACCUUCGUGGUUGUAACAGCAACAAUCGACUUGCUUUUCGCACAUCAAGUCGCUGCACAGGAACAAAAUGGACCUCCGAUUCUGUAUGUGCGUGAACGCAAUUGGCGGAUCUCCGAGGAGGAGCAGGUGGAUCAGGUCAUUGAACGUGUGCGUGCCGAAGAUGCCGAUGGCGAUGAUCUGGUGUUUGGCAUAGAGCCGCGCUUUCUCAAUCCAACUGGCUCUAAUCAACAGAAUCCCAAGAUACCCUUUCGCAUCGAUCCGGACACAGGUGUCGUUUACCUCAACGAGAGUCUGAAGGGGCGAGCCGGUGAGAAUUUUCUGAUUUACGUAACUGUCUCGGACGGACGCUACACGGCAAAGAAUGAGGUUUUCAUCAAUAUUUUGGGACGACGGGAGAGCACUGGUUACCAAGGCUUCGGAUCCCGGCCGCCACCCUCCAUCUCGAAGGUCGUACAGAACAUUUCACAGUUCCUGCCCGCAUUUGAUCAACUGCCUGGCGUGCAGUCCAUUAGGAACGGUCUGCCCCAUAGGAGACCCAGCCUCAAUUUGCCGCCCGGGUUUCCAUCGAAUAAUGCUGGCAAUUUUGGGCUGCCUUCUUAUGCUAAUCAUUACCCAGCACCUCCGCCUCCUCUGCCACCAUCAUCUUCCACACCUGAUGAGGAGGAGGAGGAGCCGCAACAGCAGAGACAGCCCGAGGCAAUUGAGAACGGCGGUGAAACAUCGACAACGCCUCGAAGUCGCACCAAACUGACACCCGUAGCUAAUCACACCUCCGGCAACCCGGUGGCACCUUCGCCUACGACUGAGACAACAACAACGACUCAAGAGGAAAAGAGCAACGUGGGCAACAUCACGCUGUUCACCAUCAAAUCCUCCUCCAUUCCCAUUAUCAUUGGAGUUUGCAGCCUGCUGGCUGUUGUUGUCAUUAUUUUCGGCUAUCUAUUUCGACGUCGCUUGUGCGCCAUCAGUAAAACGCUGAAGCAGUCCAAGGAAAAGGAGGAAUUGGCCAAGAAGUCCAAUCCCAGCCAACUGAGCAGCACACUCACCGACGAGAGUCGCAACUCAAUGGUGAUGCAGCAAUGGAAUGGACCCGUCGCCUUUGCCAAUCGUUAUGUGCCCUGGGAACGUGAACAGCAGCUCGCAAUGACGUCGACUUUGCAACUAUCAACAAGUGCCGCAAAUGGCGGCGACACAGCAAUGGCCGCAUCCGCCGUGGGAGGUUCGAAUCCGAGUGCUCCACUACCUGGCGGUAGAGCUGCUGCUGCAUUGGAAGGCAUUGGUGCAGACUCUAACUCGGAUCAAUGGGAAUUCCCAAGACAUCGAUUGAAGUUUUUCAACAUAUUGGGCGAAGGCGCCUUUGGGCAAGUUUGGCGUUGCGAAGCUACCGACUUGGAUGGUUCGGGCGAUGUCGCCACAGUUGCUGUGAAAACGCUCAAGGAGAGCGCAGCUGAAAUUGAAAAGAAAGAUUUACUUUCCGAAUUGGAGGUGAUGAAGACUUUGGAGGCUCAUGUCAAUGUGGUUCGUCUACUCGGUUGCUGUACGGACAAGGAUCCGACUUUUGUUAUCCUUGAAUUUGUGAAUCGGGGCAAGCUGCAAACGUAUUUGCGAAACUCCAGAGCCGAGAGACAUUAUGGAAAUACACACGGAAAGUCAAACAUUCUCACAUCGGCAGAUUUGACAUCAUUCAUGUAUCAAGUUGCCAAAGGAAUGGAUUAUCUCACUUCACGUGGCAUAAUUCAUCGCGAUCUUGCGGCACGUAAUAUUUUAAUCACUGAUGAUCACGUAUGCAAAGUCGCUGACUUUGGAUUUGCCAGAGAUAUCAUCACUUCAAAAAUCUAUGAGCGGAAAAGCGAGGGGAAAUUGCCAAUAAGAUGGAUGGCAACCGAGUCACUGUAUGACAACAUAUUCUCCGUUAAAUCGGAUAUCUGGAGCUUUGGCAUACUAAUGUGGGAAAUCGUGACCUUAGGCUCAACGCCGUAUCCAGGCAUCUCCGCCGCCGAUGUAAUGCGCAAGGUGAGAGACGGGUAUCGCCUGGAGAAGCCCGAGCAUUGUCGAAGGGAGCUGUACAAUAUAAUGUACUACUGCUGGUCGCACGAUGUUAAUGAGCGACCCACAUUCGCCGAAAUAAUUAAAAUGCUCGACAAAUUGCUGCACACCGAAAUGGACUAUAUCGAAUUGGAGCGUUUCCCUGACCACAACUACUACAACAUUGUCAAUCUCAGUGGAGAGAAAUUGUAAGGCCUGUUCGCACAUCGUAUAUCGAAUAACAAAUGCGAACACGGAUCAAUGCACUGCCACAAAGAGCUUUAUUAUUUUGUAUAUUUAUUAUUUUUUCGAAUGAAUAGAGGAAUUUCUUCUACUCACCUUGUGUAUUAAAUGUAAACAGAUAUUUAUAGUAUGAUGUAUUUAAUUU